AUGUCGCACGUCAGGUGGGCCAUGGAAGCGAUAGGACAAGGAUUCGCAUUGCCGUUAGAGGAAAUGGCAAUAACAUCAAAUUCCAAAGAAUUGUAUUCCCAAUGGUUGUUUGAACCAAAUUUUCGACCAGCGGCUGUUAGAGAUGCUACUGGGAAACGAGAAGAACAAGAGUUUUGGCAGAACCCGAACACGCCCACCACAUCAACACCGACGACACCCGGAUUUCCCGCCUCGGCCAAUCAAACAUCAUCAACCUUCACGUAUUUGCAACGCCAUAUCGAACUAUGCAAGGGUGUCUUAAUUGUGCUAACGAUGGCGGGACGUACCUUGGGUCCUCGUUUUUCGGAGGAGACGUGGCUCGUUCUCCUGAAAGUUGUAUUGGGCAUAACAGAUUGUCUUCUGCAUGAACCCACUUCGUCGGUAACACCAGAUGUCAUCGUUGAGAAAAGGACAGCCGUGACAAUGGCGGAUGAAUUAUGUGAACAUUUAUUGAGAGUCCUUUUCGAAUUGUGGUUAAGAUCGAGGAUUCAAGAGGCUGAAAUGUGGAAUAUUUUUAAAAAAUGUUUUAAUCAAUGGUCCCACCGUCCACAGGCUUUACAACAGUGGAACGCCACAAUAUUGGCGCUGACACAGCGUGUCGUAAGGUUAUUGUAUGGCCCGAAGGAAGGAGAGGAGAUGGUCAACAUAUCAGUCGGCGGAUAUAAUGUUGGUCUAGAUUUGCCAAACGAAUUCGUUUACUUUGCGUGGCACAGGAUGAUCUAUCUAAUCGAUAAUCCAUGUUUGUUGCCACCCGCAAACUUUUCGUUGGCAAUCAUGGGAAUUGGCAGAGUGAUUGAUGCAUUUCAAUCCAUUGGACAAGCUAAUAUUCAGAAAUCGGCCCAAAACGAAAUUGAAAGUUCAUUUGUCAUAAUACCCGACGGGAACACGAUACUGCAUAUGUUUGGACCAUGGUUAUUUCAGGCGUGCACAAUGAAUCGUAAUGAUCCUGGUUAUCAAAUCGGUCGAGCGGAAUCUUUUGGGAUUCUAUGCAGGAUAUUCUGUUUACCUCAAAGACGCGAGAAGUUCUCGAGGGAUUACAUCACACAGUUUUAUUUCACUCUUACCGAAGGCCUGCGUACGGACAGUUGCUUGCCAAUUAUUUUGAUGCACACCUCUAACCUCUUCGCAACAGAUCUGGAGGGGGUACGAAUGAUGGUGCCUGAUUUCGUGGUGGGCAUAAAGAUGGUUCUACCAAAAUUAGCAUCAGGUUUUAAAACAGACUAUCCCCUAGAAGACUUGAGAUUGGCUGCGAUUAGGGUGGCAAGUACUAUCAUGUGUUUGCCAAACCAUUUUGAGAAAGUGUCGUUAAGAGAGAACUGGAAUGUCGGAUUGCUUCAAAACGGCGAAAAAGUUGCCAACAAUGACCCAGACGAAAUUGUUGUUAACGAAUUAAUGCGGGUUUUGUAUUCCGAAGAGGAUAGCCGAGAGAAUUUACCCAACGAAAAUUCGACAGAACCGUUUACAGCUGUAGGUCAAUCUAGUAAAUUAUUGAAAUUCUACAUACUAGAGCUUUUGCUGAAAUCAUUGAAGACAGAAAAAUCAUCUUAUAAUCUUCGAUACCUGCUUCACCUGAUCAAUGUCUAUGUAGUCGAGGAUGUAGCUUUUUGUCCUGGGCUAGUUGGCCUUGUGGUGAAAUCGAUCCAAGAAAAGGUUUUAACAAUGAAUCUUCCCGCUGAUGUGGCUUCAUGUGCGUUCGAUGUUCUAAAAGAUUUCGUGGGGUUGUACGAAUACGUUCAACGAGACAAUAAGAACUGCGCUAGGGAAUUGGUCUUGGUUCUUUCGCGCUACAUUGACACGAUGCUUGCCAGCGGGUUGGCCACGAAUUAUCAUUUGAUCGAAAAGGCAUAUGAUUGCAUGAUGCGAUGGAUACUUAUCGGCCAAUGGAUAGUUGGCGACCGUGACUGUCAUGAAGCCGUGAUCUCAACAAUUAGCAAGGGGAUCUCGGUGAUUCCAAAUAAUGACGAUGAUGCAUCCAACUCUUCAAUCGAUAAGAAAAAAAGCAAAAAAGAUCAAGUCCCCACAAAACUAUUUUCGCCCCGAAGCAAUAAGACUUUAUCAUCGAGUAGCGAAAACUUGUCGCAUCUCGGAGGACAAAUUCGAUAUGGAAAAAGAGGAGAAUACGCGGUCAAAAUUGCCGCUGAAAUCGCCAUGUCUCAAUUCGUCAACCAUUUGGGAAACUUUCCUGCAUGGAGUGACCCCAUUGGUCCAAGUAGGAUCUCAACCUUGUUUAAUAAUGAUCUGGAAUUAGCAAGAAUACAGAACGCGGAAAAUGGUGAAACCUUCAUUGCCGAACGAGUUCGAUACUUUUUGAUCGAUGGAAGAGUCGUGAUGGGUUUUGUAGAAACUCCAAGACGCAUGGAAGAAAAAGGCGAUAACAUAUCAGUAAUUGUUGUUCUUCGAGAUAGCACGGGGAAAUAUACAUGGAUCUCAAAAAUGUGUUAUAAAUCUCCGCUUGGUGAUAGUCUCAAGAAUCGACCAUUAUCUCCCGAAAUGGAUAAGGACAUUAUCGAUCCCAAACUACUCUCUCCUACUCCGUCUAUUUCAAUACUUAGGACAGAAACACCACAAUAUUUUUCUUAUGAGCAGCUAAGCACUAAAGAUCGUACUUCUUCACAAGUAGUCGGGUUUAACGAUGACCAAAUACCUAAUGUGGGUAGUAUAUUUGAAGAAGGAAGUGACAAUUGGAAAGCCUAUAAUUCUAUUAGAAACUUGAUCCACAUGCAAAAAGAAAUUGAGGAAAAAUCCCUAGCGGAAAAAAAUAAUGUUAAAUUGGAAAAACGAAGGUGA